AGCAAAACUGAGCGCAGAUAUUCGGUAGCGCUUCUCAGUUCAAGCGCAGGGUCCCAGUCGUGCGAUCUCAGUCGCGCAAGACCGUGAGCGCUUGUUCGCGCCGCGUACGCGCACCGGCGAAUACCCAGCAAGGCCCAGAGAGGCCCAGGAAGGCAUUCCCAGCCGCCGGCGCGCGCGGACACUCACGCGCUUCGCGGCGUAGAACAAGACGCGCCAGCGCCGCGCGAGCCAAGCAGAGAAUCGAUAAAAAAACCACAGCGCGACAUGGGCUGCUGCCCGUCAAAAAACACGACAGAUGUGCCGCCCGUCCAACUGGAGCCCCAACUAGAGCUCGAAGCGUUGCUCGCGGAAGCCGUCCGGGCGGGCCUGCUCGACCGCCGCUCCGCCGCCGAGACGAGACGACGAGUUGAAACGGGAGAAGUCCACGUAACUGAAGUAACAACGACCUGGCGCGAGAUCCUGGGCCUGGACGCCGCGGACCACGCCGCCGCCGACGCGCGGGAGCGGGCCUGGCGAGCUCGAGGGGCGCGCUCGUUGAGAAACAGGGUGAGGAGUCGCUCGCUCGUCGCUUCGGCACAUGACGACAUGUCGAGCGAGGACACGGCCUCCGUCGAAUCGAGGGAGGACUCCUCCUCUGACAGUGACGAGGAGGACACGAUCGGACGGACGCGAGAUGUGAGAAGGUUGUCGUUCCUGCGGAGGCUGACACGAGGCUCCGCCCGAUUUGAUAACACGGAAGCAGGCUGGGUCGAGUGCAAGGUCGUGGCCUGCGGCCAAUUUGGUUUAGGUGUCUUGCAGGACGACGGCGUGACGCCCCUACAAAAUUCGCCGAGACUGCAAGCGGGAGACGUCGUGCCAGGUUUAGUGGAGGAUUGUCAGGGCGAUUUGCUGCGCAUCCGGUUGCCGGACGGGAGAGAAGGCUUGGCGCCGCGGCAACGCAUGGAGGACGAUCGUCUACGGAUCUUGAUCGCGCCGCGCGCGUCGGUGCCCGAUAGACCUGAGAGGAGUAGUGCGGACCUUUCGCAGAAGCUGGCGACGCUACGGGAGGCGUGUGCUUCCCUCGCCAUUCCUUGGAGUAGGGGCCACGUCGACGUCAAGUGUAAACGUUCUGCGGUUGCCGAGACGGCUCUGGCCAUAGCGUCAUCCAGGCCCGCUCGCGACUUUCGGAAGACGUGGAGGUUUGAAUUAACUGGUGAGAGGGGCAUGGACGCCGGCGGCGUGGCGCGCGAGUGCUGGGCCCAUGUCGCGGAGGGGGUCUUCGCCGACGAGUCGCGGUGGCGCCUCGCGGCGACGGACGACGUCGCGCUCCAGAUCAGACCGCAGACCGACGCGGCCGAGACGAAGCGCUACUACCGCUCUUGUGGAAGAUUAGUCGCGAAGGCGUUGUUUGAUGGGCAGGUCCUGCCCCAGUGCCGACUAGCAAGACCGCUCCUCAAACACAUUCUAGCACUACCCGUGACCUUCGACGACCUCGAGCUCGUCGAUGCGGCAUUAUAUCGAUCGUGCAGAGCUGUGGUGGAUGAACCGAACGCGGAGCGACUCUGCCUCACGUUCACGUUCCGGGACCGGGACGGCGGCGAGACCGUGGAGCUAGGUCCCAAUGGUUCUGAGAGAGACGUGACCGACGCCAACAAGGACGAGUACAUCGCACGGUUAUUUAGACACGCGGUGCUCGAGCAAAUUGCAAGGCCAUUGGCCGCGUUCCUGCGCGGGUUCUACGACGUCGUGCCCUUGGCUUGCUUGAGUGCAGCGGCUCUCGAUGCGUCGGAUCUCGAAUUAGCUAUUGCUGGGUUGGAUCACGUCGAUGUGGAUGACUGGAAGAGUCACACUACUUACUCCGAAGGCUACUCGGCGACGCAUGCGUCCAUAAAGCACUUCUGGGCCUACGUCGAUUCAUUACAAUUGGAGCGACGGGCGAAACUUUUACAAUAUGUCACUGGAACGUCAAGGGUCCCAGCAGGGGGGUUCUCGCGCUUGCAAGGUCGAGAUGGGGACGCCAAGGCGUUUGAGUUAAGGUUACGUGCAGGAGGCGAUGCGGAACUGCCCUGCGCGCACACGUGCUUCAACCGCCUGGACCUGCCGGCCUACUCGUCUCUGGCGAAGGUGGGGGCAGUGUUCGACGCGCUCUUGGCGGGGGACGUGCUCGGGUUCUCCGACGACUGAUGUGGUGUGUAAUGUACAUUCUUGUC